CGCCGCUGACGUCUGCUAGGGAAUCUCUCCAAUGGAGGCCCGUGGCGGGAACUGGCCCUGUGAGCGCUAGCUUUCGUGGCGCCCCUUUCCUAUUUCUUUCUUGCAUGGACAAGGCCCUCCACUCCCCCUAUGUGCGUGAUAUGCUUCACCAAAGCUCUUGGCCAUGUGUUCAAAACAUAUCUGAUGGCCAAUUACAACUUUGAGUUCAGGAGCUGGCCCGUGGACUUCCGAUGGGAUGAGGCCGGCUGCCCAGGGAGGAGCCCCGGCCACAAGGCUGCGUCCCAGACCACCGCCCAAGAGGCUCUGCUGAGAUCAGCAUCGCACGGAAGGCCUCACCCUGCUCAGUGUAGCUGUCUCCGCAAGAUGAGGCAGUUGCCUAGCCGGCUGGUCUGCUACGUCAUGGCUCACUCCUUAGGCCGGUGGCUGCUUUAUCCUGGCUCCCUGUACGUCAUGCAGAAAGCCCUGCUGCCUUUACUGGUGAAGGGGCAGGCUCGCCUGCUGGAGGAGUUUCACGGGAAGCGGGCCAAGCUGAUGGCGUGCGACGGGAACGAGAUCGACACCAUGUUUGUGGACAGGAGGAAGAGCGCAGGAGUGGAGGAGGAGCAGCGAGGGAAACGGCUGGUGAUCUGCUGCGAGGGGAAUGUGGGUUUCUACGAAGUGGGCUGUCUCUCCACCCCGCUGGAGGCCGGCUACUCGGUCCUGGGGUGGAACCACCCGGGCUAUGCUGGAAGCACGGGCCUGCCCUUCCCGGAGAAUGACGCUAACGCGAUGGAUGUGGUGAUUCAGUAUGCCACCUGCCGCCUGGGUUUCCCGGUGCAAGACAUCAUCCUCUAUGGCUGGGGCUGCCAGGACUUCCCCAGCCCCUGGGCUGCCAAGACUUACCCAGAGCUGGGGGCCCUGAUGCUGGACGCCACCUUCGACGACCUGCUCCCCCUGGCCCUGAAGGUCAUGCCUAAGAGCUGGACCAAGCUGGUGGUCCAGACGGUGCGGCAGCACUUCAACCUCAACGUGGCCGAGCAGCUCUGCAGCUACCCGGGGCCAGUGCUGCUGAUCCGGAGGACCCACGAUGAAGUCACCACCACCCACGUCCGCACCUCGGACCAGCUCGCUGACAUCCGGUCCAACAGAAGCAACGAGCUGCUCCUUCAGCUGCUGAGGCACCGCUAUCCUGAGGUCCUGUCCUGCGAAGGGGAGGCGGCGGUCCGUCACUGGCUGAGGCCGUGCAGGCGCUUCGAGGUGGAGGACGACUGGUGUGUCAGCAAGUUGCAAAGCUACAAAUCCUGCCUCGGAGGUGAAGACAGCUUCCCCUGGAGGGUCGGGAAGGACUUGACCCCCAGGAGAAAGCAGCAGCUGGCCUUGUUUCUGGCCAGGAAGCACAUGAAAAAUGUGGAGGCCACACACUGGUCUCUCUUACUGCCCGAUGAGUUCCAGAUGCCCUGGAAGCUAUAGCUGGGGAAGGGUAGGAUGGUUACCCCAGGGGGGAGAGAGAGAGGUUGGACUUAACAAGCCGGGGUUUCCCUCUUCAGUACGCUCGUGGUGUGUGUUCCCAAUCUGAGCGCCCAGUAAAGAUGAAGUGAUGAGCUCUGCAAGCACCAAGGAGCAUUAUUUCACCCCGGGGGCAGUGGAUGGAUGGAAAUUAAAGUGGUUGAAAGAUU